AAACGUCAGAACACAAAUCAUCGGAAGGUGAACUGUCGAAGAUCAAUCUAUUAGCGGACACAUCGCCUGAACUUAGAGCAACUGAGAAAUUGCAAGAGAAAUCAUCAGAAGUGAAAAUUCUUGGUCUUAACUGGAAUACCGAAAGGGACUGUUUCAGUUUUGAUGUUGUACAACUUAUAGAAUAUCUGAAGUCAUUGCCACCUACAAAAAGAUCGAUAUUGAAAGCGUCCGCGAAAAUAUUUGAUCCUAUCGGACUGAUCAGCCCAAUAACGGUGAAUCUAAAGAUGUGGUUCCAGGAGCUGUGUUCCAGCAAGGUUGAAUGGGACGAGGCCCUUGAGAAAAAAUGGUUGAAAAGGUGGACUUCCCUGGUGGGCGAAGUCAGUGCACUAUCCGAGAUAAGUGUUCCGCGAUGUUAUUUCCAAAACAAUUCAGAAGGUACAGGAGAAUUUCUCAGUUAUGAUAUCCAUGGAUUCAGUGAUGCAUCAGAGAAAGCAGUAGCAGCUGUGGUGUACUUGUUGUCCAAGUAUGCAAACGGAACAAUCGAUGUGCGUCUUAUCGCGUCUAAAACAAGAGUGGCACCACUGAAAAAACAAUCUAUUCCUAGAUUGGAACUCUUGGGAGCUUACCUGUUGGCAAAGUUGGUUUUCUCUAUUCGUUCUGUUCUACAGGGUGUAUCAAAAAAACCUGAACAGAUUUGAAAUUGCUCUCAAUUUCGCAAAACACCUAUUUGCAUCCGGUUUUUUAUAUAUGUAGUUUCUUUGGGUACUUAUAAUGUAGAAUAAUGAAAAAAAUUUCUCGAACUCAAAUUUUAUGAACCAGGGGGGUGUCUCUCUUCCAACAAAAUAAAAAUGGCUCGCGCACAAAAUUUAAAAGUUGUAAUCAUAUUUUGAGUUAAUAGAUGGAAAAUUUGUCGGGUUUUUAAUUACUGUACAAAAUUUCAGACAAUUUGGUUUAGUUUAAGCCCUUUAACUAUUCAUUUUGUUCUAAAAAGUCAGCAUUUCGCAUGCUUAAUUAAUGCCUUUACCUAAUUUACAUAUUGCUGACAUAUGCAAAUUAGGCAAAUGCAUUAAUUAAGCAUGCAAAUAGCUGAUUUUUAGGGGAAAAUGUAACUUUGCGUGAAUAGUUAAGGGGCUUAAACUAAACCAAAUUGUCUGAAAUUUUGUACAGUAAUUAAAAACCCAACAAAUUUUCCAUCUAUUAACUCAAAAUAUUAUUACAGCUUUUAAAUUUUGUGCGCGAGCCAUUUUUAGUUUGUUGGAAAAGACACACCCCCCUGGUUCACAAUAUUUGAGUUCGAGAAAUUUUUUUCAUUAUUCUACAUUAUAAGUACCCAACGAAGUUAUAUAUAUAUAAACCGGAUACAAAUAGGUGUUUUGCGAAAUUGAGAGCAAUUUCAAAUCUGUUCAGUUUUUUUUGAUACACCCUGUAGAGUCCCUUGCAUUCAAAUUCGAUGUGUAUUAUUGGGUGGAUUCAUAAUUCACAACUCUGUGCUGGAUUAAGAACAACAAACCGUGGCGUCAGUAUGUACAACAUCGGGUCAACGAGAUCAGACGGUUAUCGGCGAAGGAGAAGUGGAGAUUUUGUCCAGGAGAGUUGAACCCGGCUGACAUUCCAUCGCGAGGGUGUGCCGUAAAGGAACUAGUGAACAACAAAUCAUGGUGGAACGGCCCAGAAUUUUUGAAGGAGAAUCCCGAAUCGUGGCCAAAGUCAGCAACGACAAAUACCAAUGAGCUGGCGGACAAGGAGUUGCUAAAACAUCCACCUGUUGUUACCAGCUCACUUCCUUGUGUUUCGAAGAAUGUAUCUCGUGUUGCCAACUUAGAAAAUAUUAUCGACAUCGAAAGAUACAGUACCAACUUACUCCGAGUUGACUGCAAUUGUGAUGAGAUUCGUGAAAUUACUGAAACGAAAGGCGAAUGUUCCUACAAAGCAUUUAACCGGGGACGAAUUGAGGACGGCAGAAAUUGA